AACCCUCUUCCCUCCAGAAGCACACCCUUUUGCCAUUCUCACCUUCGCACAUAACCCUCACCUUCGCCAACCCUUUCGCGCACAACACACCCUCAAAUAAACACAGCAAAAAUUUGCCCUCACCCAGUCACCCUCACUCACGCGACAUACACCCUCAUCCUCACUCCACCCACACACGAAAGAAGGAAGAAAUCUGAAAGUGGGAGAACGGGAAGAAGAAGAGAAGUGAGGGAAGGAAGGAAAGGACGACGCCGGCUAGGGCUCCGCCGCCGUCGUUGUCGAGCGCCAGUGAGAGAGAAAGAGCUCGAGGAAAAGAGAAAACGCGAUGGAGGAGAGAAGAAGGGGGUGCUCUGUCGCCACUGAAGCUCCAUCACCGUUGCUAGGGCUUGUUGCCAUCGCCGUUCUGCCACCGUCGGGCUGCUGUGCUGCCGCUGAGGAGCUCGAAGGGAUGUCUCGCUGCCGUCGUGCUCUGUCGCCAAGCUGUUGCGUUGCCGCUCAUCUCUUCUUCACCGUCGCUGCUCAUCUCUUCUUAAGUGGUUCAAUAUCAAGUGCAAAACUGAUAACUUUCAAGCAGAUGAUGAUGUUGAUGAUAAUGUCCUUUAUCAAGACUUUUCAUAAUUCAUUCGGUUCUAUGAUUUUGUUUUCUUCAUGUGUCGCGAGAAUGGUCAAAAGAAUAUUUGGCAGUAACUGCUUGGAAAUUAGUUCUUGCUGGGAAUGAACAAGGGAAUGGAC